AUGGCUCUGACUUUCAAAGAUGCUCUCUCUCGCUUGGAAAAUAGCAGAGUAAAAUCGACAAGACCUCUUAUUCCUCCUCAAAUUCUCCAGGAAGAUCUACCCCUCACUCUGAGCGCUGCUCAAACCGUUCUUCAGGGUCGUCUUGCGGUUGAGCGUGUACUCCGCGGUGACGACGACAGACUUGUCGUCGUCGUUGGACCUUGCUCUGUUCACAACGUUGAAGCAGCGAUCGAAUACGCCAAACUCCUCAAAGAAUACGCAGACACAGCGAAAGAUGAUUUGCUCAUAGUCAUGCGUGUCUACUUUGAAAAACCACGAACAACCGUUGGAUGGAAAGGCCUCAUCAACGACCCUGAACUGAACGGCAGUUUCCAAAUCAACAAAGGUCUUCGCAUUGCCCGCACCCUCUUGCUUGACAUCGCCAAACUUGGCCUUCCUGCCGGCUGUGAAUUCCUUGAUACCAUCACCCCUCAAUACACAGCUGACCUAGUUUCUUGGGGAGCUAUUGGCGCUCGUACAACCGAAUCCCAAGUUCAUCGUGAACUUACAUCUGCACUUUCCAUGCCCACCGGAUUCAAAAAUUCAACUGAUGGAAGUAUUGGAGUUGCCGUCGAUGCUUGCCGUGCUGCUCGUAGUGGCCAUGUUUUCCUUAGCGUCGGAAAAGAAGGUCUUAGCAGCAUUGUCGAAACCACUGGUAACCCUGACGUUCAUGUAAUCUUGCGUGGUGGUGCUCAAGGCCCUAAUUACGCCGCUGAAUACGUUCGGGAUGCUGGUCAAAAGUUGGCAAAAGCUGGCCUUCCUCAAAAAAUCAUGGCCCGACAACUUGAAUCUGAAGACACAGCUAACAUUAUCAUGGGCGUCAUGCUUGAAAGCAAUCUCGUUGAAGGUCGCCAGGAUAUCCCCAACUCUGGCCCUGCUGGACUAAAAUAUGGGCUUUCUGUCACCGAUGCGUGUAUCUCUUGGGAAACUACUGUUCCCGUCCUUGAUCGCCUUCGUGAAGGAGUUCGUGCUCGCCGUGAGGGAGUCAAAAACAGAGCUAAGAACGAGUAG